CACGCCUAUCCUCUUCUCUCUUAUCCCAGCCGUGUGUGCCCUCCUCUCCCCUCCCCGUUUACAAGUCAUGGCGGAACUGUAGACCUCAGGACGAGCAGGAGUGCACCGCCUGUCCUCGUUUUAGCAAUUGUAUAUAGUUAUUUAUUUAUUCAGCUAACUUUACAUCUUUGCCCGAAAUGACCCGUUGGAUUCCUACUAAAAAGGAGAAGUACGGAGUUGCAAUCUACAACUAUGAGCCCCGGGGUGAGCAGGAGCUGUGCCUGCAGGUGGGGGACACGGUGCACAUACUCGAGAAAUUGGAAGGCUGGUAUAGGGGCUACACGCUACGCAAGAAAUCACAGAGGGGCAUUUUCCCAACUUCCUACAUCCACUUAAAGGAGGCUUCAGUUGAGGGAACAGGCCAGCAGGAAAUAGUUAUUCCAGCAGAUAUACCCCUGGUGCAGGAGCUCGGGGCUACUCUGAGGGAGUGGGCACAGAUAUGGCACAAGCUCUACGUGGCGAACAAGACGGCCCUGUUCAGGGGUGUUCAGCAGAUGGCCUACAGCCUCAUCGAAUCUCGGUCCCAGAUAGUUUCGGGAACGCUGCCUAAGGAUGACCUCGUGGAACUCAAAAAGAAAGUCACAGCAAAGAUUGAUUAUGGAAAUCGGAUUCUGGGGUUGGACCUGGUGGUGCGAGACGAAGCAGGAAACACCCUGGAUCCUGACCGAACCAGUACAGUCAGUCUGUUCCGGGCACACGAGACCGCUUCCCGCAGUGUUGAUGACAGGAUACAAGAAGAAAAGACGCGGCAACAAAACCUAGAAAUGAGGCGGCAGACCCUGUUCAGUACGGUACACACCUACAGUCUACUCAUGAACCUGAAGAACUUUGUAUGCAACAUUGGAGAGGAUGCGGAGCUGCUCAUGUCUCUGUAUGACCCCGAUCAGUCUGAAUUCAUCAGUGAGAACUUCCUGGUGCGCUGGGACAGUAUGGGGAUGCCUAAAGAAAUUGAAAAACUCAACAACCUGCCAGCUCUAUUCACGGACCUGAGCAGCAGUGACUUGAUGAGGCUGCGACUCUUCUUGGUGUGUCAGAUCAUCAGAGUGGGAAGCAUGGAGCUCAAAGAGGGGAAGAAACACACGGGAGGACUGAGGAGGCCGUUUGGUGUGGCUGUAAUGGACAUUACAGAUAUCGCCCAUGGCAAAACAGACGAUGAAGACAAACAGCAUUUCAUUCCCUUUCAGCAGAUAGCUAUGGAAACCUACAUCCGUCAGAGGCAGCUCAUCAUGUCUCCGCUCAUGCCGUCUCGAGUCAUAGGAGAGAAUGAGCCGCUCACUGCUGUCUUCAACAAAGUCAUUGCCACGCGGGAGGUCAAUCACAAAGGCCAGGGGCUGUUUGUGACCCUGAAGCUCCUCCCAGGGGACCUUGCCCAAGUCAGGAAGGACUACCCCCACUUUGUGGACCGCAGCACAGCUAUUGUCAGGAAAAUGGGCUUUCCAGAAAUCAUCCUCCCAGGAAUCGUGAGGAAUGAUAUUUACGUAACCUUGCUACAGGGAGAGUUUGACCGUGGUAAAAAGAAGACGCCGAAAAAUGUGGAGGUCAUACUGAGUGUGCACAAUGAGGAGGGCAGUCCCGUGGAGAAAGUGAUAUUUCCUGGGGCUGGGUAUGAUGGCAUCACAGAGUACAAGUCUGUCAUUUACUACCAGGUGAAGCAGCCUUGUUGGAAUGAGACGGUGAAGGUGACAAUUCCAAUUGAAGACGUUUGCCACUCUCACCUAAGGAUGAUGUUUCGACACCGAUCCUCCCAGGACUCUAGAGACAAAUCGGAGAAGCCUUUUGGUAUGGCCUUCGUCCGGCUCAUGAGAGGAGACGGGACCACAUUAAAAGAUGGCAGGCAUGAACUUAUUGUCUAUAAGGUUGAUGUUAAAAAGGCAGAGGAUGCAAAGGUUUAUCUCACCUUGCCAGCAACUUGGGCUGAAGUGGAGGAAAAGGAGAAGCAAACAGGGAAGCAGUUCCACCAUUCAGGAGUGAUUCCUGUGACUAAAGACAGCUUCCAGAUCUCCUCGCUCACCUGCUCCACUAAACUCACUCAGAAUGUGGAUUUGCUUGGCCUGUUGAACUGGAGGUCUAACCCCGAAGAUCUGGACCAGAUUCUGCAGAGGCUUAUGGAGGUCGAGGGAGGGGAGAUUGUCAAAUUUCUCCAGGACACUCUUGAUGCCUUGUUCAACAUCAUGAUGGAGACCUCAGAGAAGGAAACCUAUGAUACCCCGUUGUUCAAUGCCUUGGUAUUCAUAAUCACACUUAUUGGCGACAUCAAAUUCCAGCACUUCAACCCAGUCCUGGAAACCUACAUUGACAAGCACUUCAGUGCCACUUUGGCUUACAUGAAGCUAACCAAAGUGCUUAACUACUACGUGGGCCACGCCGAGGAGCCCGUCCUGACCGAGAGGCUCUAUGCAGCACUCAAAGCUCUCAAGUACCUGUUCAGGUUUAUUGUACAGUCCCGGGUCCUCUAUCUCAGAUUCUAUGGGAACAGUGAGGAUGGGGAUGCUUUCCUCAACUCCAUUCGAACCCUUUUCCUGUCUUUCAACACUCUUAUGGACAGGCCGUUGGAUGAGGGGGUGAAGAUAAAGGGAGCAAUAUUGAAAUACCUCCCCAGCAUCAUUAAUGACAUCCAGACUGUGUUUGAUCCCGUGGAGCUCAGCAUUCUCCUCGCAAAGUUCAUUGAGAGCAUUCCUGACUCUCAGCUCGUGCGUCAGAAGCUGGGCUGCAUGUGUAAAAUGGUGGAGAGUGACCUUUUCAGGCAGCCAGAUUGUCGAGAUGUGCUUCUGCCGCUCGUUACUGACCAGCUGAGUGGGCAGCUGGACGACCAUUCCUGUAAACCGGACCAUGAAGCCUGCGCCCAACUUCUCAGCACAGUGUUGGACAACCUGGACCGCAAGGACGUGGGUCCAACCAGAGGGCACGUUCAGCUGAUAAUGGAGCGGCUGCUUCGCAGGGUUAAUCGCACUGUCAUCAGCAUGGAGAGAUCCUCCCCUCUCAUUGGCCACUAUCUCGCCUGCAUGACGGCCAUCCUGAAGCAAAUGGAUGACAGGCAUUACGCCCACUACAUCAGCACCUUCAAGACAAGACAGGAUAUCGUUGACUUCCUCAUGGAGACAUUCAUCAUGUUUAAGGACCUGAUGGGAGAUGUUUUUGCAGCCGAUUGGAUGAUCAUGAACCUGGUGCAGAUGCAAGUCUUCCUGAGGGCCAUCAACCAGUACUCCGAUGUCCUCAACAUGUACUUUCUGGAAAAGGCGCAUUUUGAACUCGAGCUGUGGAAUAACUACUUUCAUUUGACCGUGGCGUUCCUCACCCACAAGACACUGCAGCUUGAAUCCUUCUCUCAAGAGAAACGGAAUAAGAUACUGAACAAAUAUGGAGACAUGAGGAAGUCCAUUGGGUUUAAGAUCAGAGAUAUGUGGUACAAUCUGGGCCCCCACAAAAUGAAGUUCAUCCCAGGCAUGGUUGGGCCCAUACUCAAGGUCACACUGGUGCCUGAGCCCGAACUGAGGAAAGCUACCCUCCCCAUUUUUUUUGAUAUGAUGCAGUGUGAGCACAACUUCAGUCCCGGGCGCACGUUUGAAAUGUUUGAGAACGAACUGAUCACAAAAUUGGAUCAAGAGGUAGAAGGAGGCCGAGGGGAUGAGCAGUACAAAGUCCUGCUGGAGAAAACGUUGCUGGAGCACUGCAGACGCCAUAGAUUCCUGUCCCAUUCCGGAGAGGAGCUGGCUCUGCUGCUGAGCAGCCUGCUGGAGAAUCUGCUGGCGUACCGCACCAUCACGCAUGACGAAAGCCCCGAGCACCGCAUGAGCUGCACUGUCAAUGUGCUGAAUUUCUACAAAGAAAAAAAACGUGAGGACAUUUACAUCCGGUACUUGUACAAGCUGCGAGAUUUGCAUCUGGACUGUGAGAACUACACAGAGGCGUCCUACACCAUGAUACUACAUGCUGAAUUACUGGAGUGGUCUGACAAACCCUGCGCGCCUCAUCUUAUACCUGGACAUGGGAAGCAUGUAUGGACCCAACAGGAGCUGAAGGAGAGGCUGUUCCUAGAGAUCAUUUCUUAUUUGGACAAGGGCAAGAUGUGGGAGAAAGCCAUUGAGUUGGGCAAGCAGCUGGCCAAGAUGCAUGAGAGCCAUAUGUUUGACUUCAUGGAGCUGAGCCAGUUGCUGAAAAAACAAGCCCAGUUCUAUGAGAAUAUCAUGCAUGCAAUGCGGCCACAGCCGGAGUACUUUGCAGUGGGAUACUAUGGCCUUGGAUUCCCUUCUUUCCUCAGGAACAAGAUGUUCAUCUUCCGAGGCAAGGAGUAUGAGUGGCUUGAAGACUUCAGCUUAAAGCUGCUCUCUCAGUUCCCCAAUGCAGUACGGAUGACCAGCACUUCGCGCCCUGGAGACAACAUCAGCAACUCCCCUGGACAACACAUCCAGUGCUUUACUGUCAAGCCUGUUCUCACCGUGCCACACCAGUUUAAAGACAAGGGGGUUCCAGAGCAGAUAUUAAACUAUUACAGAACCAAUGAAGUGGACAAGUUCCAGUAUUCCAGGCCCUUCAGGAAAGGUGAAAAGGACCCAGACAAUGAAUUUGCUACCAUGUGGAUCGAGAGAACAACGUUCAUUACAGCCUAUCGCUUCCCGGGGAUUCUGAAAUGGUUUGAAGUCAAAUCUGUCUCAGUGGAGGAGAUCAGUCCUUUGGCGAACGCCGUGGAGACCAUGGAGAUGGCCAAUGAAAAGCUAAGUAACCUGGUGCAGCAGCAAGCCUGCGAUCGCUCGCUGUCCAUCAACCCGCUGUCCAUGAUGCUCAGCGGCAUCGUUGACCCUGCUGUCAUGGGCGGCUUCUCCAACUAUGAGAAGGCAUUCUUUACAGACACCUACAUCCGAAAUCACCCCGAGGACCACGAGCGCAUUGAGGUCCUUAAACAGCUCAUCGCCCUGCAGAUCCCUCUGUUGGCAGAUGGGAUUCGCAUCCACGGGGAGAAGACGACGGAGCAGCUGAAGCCCUUACACAAUCGUCUGGUUACUUGCUUCCAGGACCUUCGGGAGAAAGUGGAGAAGCAUUAUGGCGUCAUAACCUUGCCCUGCUCUCUCACCGAGAGGAAGAAGAGUCGCGUGGGCUCGGUAGUGAUGCCCUACAUCCUGUCCUCCACCCUGCGUCGCAUGUCUACUGUCUCAACCCUCUCCAACUCCUCCUCAGGCCUCUCCAGCGGCUCAGCAUCCUCAGACGGACCCUCCUGCAUUUCCUCCCAACAUUCCUUGUUGUCCCGUCCCAGCAAUCGCAGGACCUCAGUUUUGUCCCGCUCUGAGGAGGACAACAGGAUUGCUCGAAAGAACAGGAAGGAAUGGAGCGUAAGCAAGUCCCAGGUUCUGAUGGAGAGAAAGUCCGACGCAGACGAGACUCCUCCAGAGAAGCAGCAGAGACCUAAGAGUUUACAAUUAGGAGAUCGACGGCUUACCCUCUCCCUGUUCCAGGGCGUUUCAUCCCACCUCAGCUUAUCAAACCCUCUCAGCCCGCUACCUGCCUCUCCACACACACCUUGCACGCCACGCAGCUCCAGUUAUUCCUCGCUUGUCAGUGACAAUGAUGUCAAUAUCAUUGACACCCCAGGGACCCCCCCACCCAUGCCUCCGAAGAAACACCCGCACGAGAUUGACAACCCCGGCUUCUCUUCAGAGUUCACUCCUCCGCUGCCAAUGAAAAUUGAGAGCAAGCCUCCUCCGCCACCUCCGAAAACGCGAAAGUCAAUGUUCCCGACAUAUGAGCAGACCCCCCCGCACUAAGACUACACCUCCACACAGGCUUUAAAGUGACACAAAUUCUGUAAUCUGGCUGUGAUUGUAGCGCAGACUCAUUGCA